AUGGCUAUCAACACAGGGCGGCAUGCUUUGAUCAUGGGUGCAUCUGGAAUUAGUGGCUGGGCGAUUGUGAAUCAACUACUCCGUGGCUAUCCUCAGAAGGGUAUCUUUUCCAAAGUUACAGCCGUCACCAAUCGUCCACUUGCGCGUCAAGAAACAUUGUGGCCAGAGGAUGAGAGCCUCAGGCUUGUCAGUGGCCUUGAUUUGAGUGCUGGUAGCCAGCAGGAGCUUCAAAACGCCAUGAAAAUGAAGAUCAAGGAUAUAGAUGAGGUUACCGAUAUCUAUUUUUACGCAUAUCGUCACUCCAGUGAUCCUAAUGUCGAAAGUACUGUGAACACUCAGAUGCUGGAGCGGACAAUCACUGCAAUCGACGAGCUAUCGAAGAGAUUGGCGUUUGUGGUACUUCCUAGUGGAACAAAGGCUUACGGUGUUCACCUGGGAAAGGAGAAGUUCCCUUUUGCCAAGGAGCUGCCACUCGAAGAGACUUUGCCUCGCAUCCCUGAACCAUAUGCUUCUCAGAUGUUCUACUAUUACCUGCUUGACCGGCUAAAGUCUCUCUCACAAGGACGCAAAUGGACCUGGUGUGAUAUUAGGCCAGAUGUUAUUCCUGGCUUCGUCCCGAAUAGCAAUACGUACUGCCUUGCACAAACGCUUGCUGUCUACCUCAGUUUGUACGCCAAGGUCGAGGGCAGAGGACAAAAAUGUCCCUUCCCAGGCUCGUGGGAAGCCUGGAAUACGCUCUCCAAUGAUAGCUCGCAAGACAUGGUCGCAAAGUUCAGCAUUUGGGCAUCGCUGAACCCGAAUAAGACGGGAGGAGAAUCUUUCAACGUUGCUGACUAUGAUAGUCCAGCAUCGUGGUCUGAACGUUGGCCUGUCAUCUGCGAAUGGUUUGGCCUUAUUGGAACACCGCCUGUGGAAGGAAGCACACAGCCAUUCUACUAUCUGAAAUCCCAUCUUUCGGCAUGGAUCAAACUUGUCAACGAGCAUGGGCUGAAAAGGAACUUGAUCCAGGACGAAUUAAGCCCAGGAAAGGGACACUAUCAACAACACAUCAUGUCAGAACUUUGCUUCAAUCGAACGCUGAACCUUGGCAAGGCCCGCCGGGCUGGGUUCCACGAGGUUUCCGACCUUCGAAAGACUUGGUGGACAGCGUUCGACCGUCUUCGGGAGAGUAAAGGGAUUGCCUAA